CGGCUGCGGCAGGCUCCCGUCUUCCCCCGGGGUGCCCUGCUGCGGGCAGCCUCCAUGCGGCUGCCCAUGGCGGGGCACAGCCAGGCGUCACGCGCUGCAGCUCACACCGUCUGCGUCUCCAGCACUCUCAAGAAGGCACGAAUUUGUCAAGUGGGACGAUGAUUCUACUGUUGUGACCCCAGUUCUUCUCAGAACAGAUCCACAUGGAUUUUUCUUUUACUGGACAGAUCAGAAUAAGGAGACAGAGCUGCUCGAUCUCAGCUUCAUCAGAGAUGCCAGAUGUGGGAAACAUGCCAGAGCUCCCAAGGAUCCAAAAUUGCGUGAACUGUUGGAUGCUGGGAACCUAGGAGGUCGGCUGGAGAAUCGAAUGAUAACUGUUGUCUAUGGUCCAGACCUGGUCAAUAUAUCAUACUUGAACUUAGUGGCAUUUCAAGAGGAAAUAGUAAAGGAAUGGACGGACGAAGUUUUCAGUUUGGCAACAAAUCUGCUGGCACACAACAUGUCGCGGGAUGCAUUUCUGGAAAAAGCUUACACAAAACUGAAGCUGCAAGUCACUCCAGAAGGACGUAUUCCUCUGAAGAGCAUAUACCGCUUGUUUUCCGCUGACAGAAAGCGAGUAGAGACUGCAUUAGAAGCUUGUAGCCUUCCAUCUGCCAGGAAUGAUUCAAUCCCUCAAGAGGACUUCACCCCAGAAGCAUACAGAGUAUUCUUAAACAAUCUCUGCCCUCGGCCUGAAAUUGACCACAUCUUUUCUGAGUUCGGUGCCAAGAGCAGACCAUACCUUACUGUUGAUCAGAUGAUGGAGUUUAUAAAUUAUAAACAACGUGAUCCACGGUUAAAUGAAAUCCUUUAUCCACCGAUGAAACAGGAGCAAGUUCAACAACUGAUUGAGAAAUAUGAACCCAAUAAUGCUCUAGCAAAAAAAGGACAGAUAUCAGUGGAUGGAUUUAUGCGUUACCUGAGUGGAGAGGAGAAUGGCGUUGUUCCACCUGAGAAACUGGAUGUGAAUGAAGAUAUGUCUCAGCCAUUGUCUCACUAUUUGAUCAAUUCCUCACACAACACCUACCUCACAGCUGGACAGCUGGCUGGUAACUCCUCAGUAGAGAUGUAUCGCCAAGUGCUCCUGUCAGGCUGCCGCUGUGUGGAGCUAGACUGCUGGAAGGGACGAACAGCAGAAGAAGAGCCCGUCAUUACACAUGGAUUCACCAUGACAACGGAAAUAUCCUUCAAGGAAGUAAUAGAAGCUAUUGCUGAGUGUGCAUUUAAGACAUCGCCUUUUCCGAUCCUCCUUUCCUUUGAAAACCAUGUGGAUUCCCCUAAGCAGCAAGCCAAAAUGGCAGAAUAUUGCAGAUUAAUUUUUGGAGAUGCACUGCUCAUGGAUCCACUGGAAAAAUACCCACUUGAAAGUGGUGUUCCCCUUCCAAGCCCUAUGGACUUGAUGUACAAAAUUCUGGUGAAGAAUAAAAAGAAAUCACAAAAGUCUGCUGACGGAAGUUCAAAAAAGAAGCUCUCUGAGCAGGCUUCCAACACGUGCAGUGAUACGUCCAGUGGGUUUGAACCCUCAUCUCCUGGAGCAGGUAAAAGUUGA